AUGGCUGGCGCGCCGAGCGCCCGCGAGUCGCUGGAUGCCAGCCUGGGCACCGUCCGGCCGCCGCAAGAACGCCUGCGCAGGCCGCCCAAGACCCGUGCGGUGCUCACCCGCCCGGAGCAGGCGCCGAAAGUGCGCGAUGGCGAGGGGAGCGAUCGGCCCCAGCGGCGGCUCACGGGGCGGGAAGUCGAGGAGCACGCGCUGCAGAAGUGCUGGCGGCGACAUGAAGCCGGCGGCGUGCCGCUGAGCUGCCGGUCGCCGCCGGACCGGCAGCGGUCGGCGUCGCUCCAGGCCUCCUACGACCGAUGCGCCAAGGUCACGGCCGAGUAUGCGAAAACGUUCUACCUGGGGACGAGCCUCAUGACGCCGGAGAAGGCGCGGGCCACAUGGGCGAUCUACGUGUGGUGCCGGCGCACGGACGAGCUGGUGGACGGUCCAAACGCGUCGAGGAUGACGCCCCAGGCGCUGGACCGGUGGGAGGAGCGGCUGGAGGCGCUGUUCGAGGGCAGGCCGGCGGACAUCCUGGACGCUGCGCUCACGGACACGAUCGACCGGUUCCCUCUGGACAUCCAGCCCUUCCGGGACAUGAUCGGCGGGAUGCGGAUGGACCUGGUCAAGAGCAGGUACCAGACCUUCGACGAGCUGUACGAGUAUUGCUACCGCGUGGCCGGUGCCGUGGGGCUCAUGACCAGCCCGGUGAUGGGCAUAGACCCGGAGUAUAAGGGGCCCCUGGAGCCGGUGUACCGGGCCGCCCUGGCGCUGGGCACCGCCAACCAGCUGACCAACAUCCUACGCGACGUGGGCGAGGACUCCCUGCAGCGCAACCGCAUCUACCUGCCCACAGAAGAGCUGGACCAAUUUGGCAUUCGCGAGCAGGAGCUUCUGCGCGGGGGGCUGUUCGCAUCAACAAACGGGAGGAUCGACGAUCGGUGGCGGGCGUUCAUGAAGUUCCAGAUCAAGCGCGCCCGGCAGUUCUUCGUGACAGCGGAGGAGGGGGUGCACGCUCUGGACGCGGACGCUCGCUGGCCGGUUUGGUCGGCUCUGAACCUCUACCGGCAGAUCCUGGACGCCAUCGAGGAGAACGACUACAACAACUUCACGCAGAGGGCGUACGUGAGGCGGUGGAAGAAGCUGCUGGCGCUGCCCGUCUCCUUCGGCCAGGCCAAGUUCCCCAAGCAGGCGCCCUUCGGGCACAAAUGA